AUGGUUGCCCACGCCAGUGUCCUCACCAUCCUAGCCAUCAGCAAGGCAGUCCCGUUCAUAGAGCUGACGGUUGCCCACGCCAGUGUCCUCACCAUCCUUGCCAUCAGUUUCGAGCGCUACUACGCUAUCUGUGAGCCUCUCAAAGCUGGCUAUGUCUGUACCAAGACCCGUGCCAUGAUCAUAUGUCUACUCGCUUGGGCUCUCGCUGCGCUCUUUACCAGUCCCAUCAUCUGGUUCACCAACUACGACCGGCUGGAGUACCUGGACGGCUCCCUAGUCACCGUGUGCCUCACGCCCGCACUCACCGUCUGGCCCACCGUCUUCUUCCUCAUGAUCAUCUCUCUGUUCUUCCUAUUGCCGCUCGUGGUCCUGGUCGUCCUCUACGCGGUCAUCGCUCGCCACCUCAUGGCCGACCCCCAGACAUGCUCCACCUCCGACACUUGUAACAAGCGAGCUCGCCGACAAGUCGUCAUGAUGCUCGGCACCGUUGUGCUCUCAUUCUUCCUCUGCUUACUUCCCUUCCGCAUCCUCACACUCUGUAUAGUCAUCCUCCCCGACACCAUCGUCAACCUCGGGAUGGAGAGGUACUACAUUUUUCUAUAUUUCUCGCGGAUCAUGCAGUACACCAACUCCGCCGUCAACCCCAUCCUCUACAACCUCAUGUCGUCCAAGUUCCGCCAUGGGUUCCGGGCGUUGUGCGGGUGUCGUCGCCGCGGUAGACGAGAGCUACUUCUCCGACACGCCAUGACCCUGACUACCACGUUGUCACACUCCUCCACACGUACCCAUCACUACCGCGCCUCCCCGGACCUCUCCUGGAGAUCCUCGUCCAUAGACUCCUCCACCCGCACCAUCACCACCACCAACGGUUCCUUCCGCAAGAACGUCAUCCUCAGAUCCUCCCUCCUCUCCAAAAGAGGCUCGGACCUCCAAGCCAAGUUGGACAACAAUGUGCCAGAGAGUUUCGUGUAAACUGUAGUCUACUAAACUCUCGUUUUAUCUUCCUCCUCCUCGCCUCGCUCUAAGGCAUAGUUAGCGUAGAAUGUGAUAGUUAAAUGACAUUCCUUUUUUGUACAUAGGAUCCUCAUGUGUGUUAUGUCAACUUCGUGUGAUUUCAUCUUGCCUCCCUUAAACCUUCCUCCGACCAAACAGUGUAUAUGCCGCUAAGGAUAACUUAAAUCAUGCCUGUACAAAUUGAUGUUCAUUUGUUAAUGUCUUAUCUAUGUAUGUUAUGGGAAAUUAUAUACUAACUACCUUUGAAUUUUCUUACCGUGCUUAUCAUCUUACAUCUUUAAAGUUAUUUAACUUUUUCUCAAACCAUUAAACAUUUAAUUUGUUUUUUCCAAACGAACAAAUAUGUUCUAAAUGCACUACCCAGUAAAGCCUGCAAUGUGAAUAUUUAUAAUUCAACAUUUCUGACUUAAUCCAUGAUUUGCUAAGAUUCACGAAAUUCUUUAAAUCGAAAUGUGUGACAUUUUCGAUUUGAGUCAAAUCAGAUAAAUCAAAUACUUCUAUAAUCGUGCACCUAUCCUUUGUUUAAAUUGUUAAAUCGCUACACUAUAUGAUGUGCUAUAUCCCUGAUCCUCUUGAUCUCUGCGGUUUUUUCUGACUGCAGAUGCAACUAACUAUUAAUUACAGGUGUAUUCCACGCCUAAAUGAAGGUAGAGACAUUUAAAAGAAACUCUUUGCUAAGCUUCCUAACUGAAUUUGUAUUCUAGUUUUAAAUUGGUUGUAUGGAUACAUACAUAAUGUGUUUGUGAGUUUUUCUACUGUCUAUUGUUAAAAAACCCUGUUUCUAGAGUUAUAUUCUAUGUCUGUAAAUUAUGAUUAAUAUCUAUUUUAUGAAGAUAUUUUGAUAACAAGACUGUGUAGAGUUGUAAGUUAGCUAAUUUAUCGUAGGGACUAUUAAUUAAUGCUUGUAUAUUUGAUAUUGAACUUUGCUUCCGAAGGAAAACGAUGUACGUUGAAGACAAUAACAUAAGUCACAUAAUUAAUUGCUAAUAGUACAGAUUUGGCUUAAAUCUGGCGAAACGUGUGAUAUUUAACUCCAGCAGACUUUACUUGCACACAGCAUACAUGUGCUUCCAUCGAUUAUGUACUUAUUUGUCCAAAGAAAAUCGUUCAUUUCAAAUGUGCGAGUUUUGGAAAAUGAAAAAUAUUAAUCAAGUUUUAAGUUGGUACACUUUAUAACUUUGCAGCCCGAGCUUCCAGCUUCAGUCUUUCCCAGGCAUUUUCUGUAGCUUUAGCAAUCCAUUCAACUAUAAAUGUCCUGAUAUAACCUCAUGAUGAUAUUAUACUGCUGUUUUAUCCUCUCUUAAACUAUCAAUCCUUGUUAAAAACGCGUUUUACAGCGUGGAUAUUUCAACAGAAUGAUUGCUCUUGCCAUAAAUUUCUAGUAAAAUUGUUGCCCGAUGCGUUAGUUGGUCGUUGUUGAAACAUAAAUAUAUCCUUAAAAAACUAUUGGCAAUUUAUGACAACUUAUUGUUUGUGUUAAGUAAUAAUCGCUGGAGAUUUUAUGUCAGAACAAAACUCCUCAUAUUCCUCAAUAGUCUUCUUGCAUUACCAACUACUGUAGUUUGUCUGGUUGUUGAAAUAAGUAUCUUUAAUUUUCGAACAUUAUACAUUUGUGCAAUAGGUGUGCAAAUCCAUUGAUAAUACCAUAUUCAAGGUGAGCAAUUAUCAAAAUAUAAUCCAUAUUUCAUUACCUUUAAUUCUGAUUGUCUGUACUAAGGUAAUAUUUUAUACAUGUUACAUAAAUGCUAAUAGUAAGAAUUGUGAAACAAGAAUGUUUACUUAAUCAAAGCAUAAAUAGCUAAGAGUAAUCAAUAAGUAUUUACAAAUCAAAUACUAUGUAAAAUGUGUAUAAGAUGACUUUAAACAGUAUUUUAAGUCAUUAAUUAUCUUUUCAAGUAUUUCAUUUGUAAAUUAGAUCCAACUUUGCCAGACACGUAAGCUGGCACACAAAAGUGGGUUUUUAUUUUAUCCUUACUAUUUAAAUAAAAUUAUACGUUUGCCCAGUUAUGAUAGAUAGUUAUGGAUAAGAAAGAGUGUUAACUAAAAACACUUGUUUUCUGAAAAAAGGAGCAAAAGUAUUAAAAUAUUAUAAACAAAUAUUCAAUAUCAAAUACCUAUAAAAUAUUUUACAUUUUAAAUCAACAUACUAAAACCUUACACAAUUAGUUUUUAGGUCCUUAAACUAAUAAUUACUGUUAAUAUAGAAUUCAAUACAAAGGAGAUGUAUGUAUGUGUGAUUUCUGUGAAACAUGUAACAUAAUAAACCAAUUUUUUCAUAAAUCAAUCAUAGAGCCCGGGAAUAAGUGUUGAUAAUUAUCACACACAAAAACAAAACCAUACAUGUUUUAUAAAUAUAUUUUUUCAUACGAAGUUUGUGUUAGUUAUGGCAGUGUAAAAUUAUGGUACAAACUUAUUAAAUUAACUUAGUAGGUUUUAAUUUUUAGUGUACGUGAGUACCUUUUGUACUGACUAUGAUUAACAGAAUAGCGAACAAAUGAUACAACUAUAGCUUUAGGACUACAGAUUAUGGAACGCAGAUGUAUUGCAGUUUCUAAAUAGGACCAUGUAGAAAGUUUGGUAUACAAACCUCAGUUAGUCAGGGAUUUUAAACUAAAACAGAAUUGAUUAUGUUUCUUAUCAUUGUAAUGUAUAUAUGAUACUUUUCUGACAUAAGAUACAGUUUUUUUUAGCUGCUGUUCCUGGUAAGGUUCGAUGGAAACGGCAAGUUUUGCACCAUAUGGUGCCUCUUAUUAAGUUGACAGCCAGUACUAAUAAUUUUGUAUUAUGCAGAAAUUAAACUAGAUGUAAAUGAAAAUGUAUAGGGAGGGUGACUUUGAUGUACUAAUUUAAACGUUGUAUUGAUGUAUUAGUAGUUUAUUAAAACCAAAGAAAAUAUUGAGAUAAUUUAUAAAGAUGUGUUGUAGAUAGAGGUAAUAUAAAUUAAUAUAUUGAACAAUGUAAUUUUAAAAAUAAAACUAG